UGCAGGAGCUACCUGCAGCCUGUCCAUUCAAAACAAGUGAGAGAGCUCGGGGAGGAGAGCGGGAUCAGGUGCAGGACAGACAGGUAGCUCCUUACUGGGAUCUGGUGGAGAGGGAAGGACUCCUUUCUUAGCCAAAGGACUCCAGUGAUAUCUGGAAUGGACACCCUGGUGUCUUUUUUUAAUUUUCACUCACAAGAUGAAGCCAGUGUGCAGUGACGUGAAGAAACAGCUUUGAAUGAAGACAUGUUUUCCCCCUUCCUAAGCUGCUCUUCAGAUCAUGAUCGGACGAAGGUCACAUAGGCGACCUGGGCUUUAAGGAGUCUACCGAAUGACUGACGCACUUGAGCCAGAAGCUGAGUUAUCUGAACACGAAUCCUUUAAGGGACUCAGAACUCAAUGACAUGCUCGGACUCUUCUUGGAAUGACUCACGGACUGUACGUAUAUUACCCUUGACCCAGGUGGAUGCCCCUGCUCUCCAGAAACCCUCCUCACUGCAGAUGUGUGGCACACCAUGAGGUACAGGGUCGGGGAAGCCCACAGCAUGGGUUUUCAAGUGUUUGUGCCUUUCAGUCCCUGGAGCUGGUUGCUACUGCUGGUGGCCCUCAAGUGUCCUGAAGCAUCUUCUGAUUUGAACGAAUCCACAAAUUCCACUGCCCAGCGUGAACCUAACGUUCGGUUUGCUGCUGCAGGCUCAGAGUCAGAUGAGAAGAUAUCUGUUUUUGCACUGGAUUAUGACUAUGUGCAAAUUCCUUAUGAGGUCACCCUCUGGAUACUUCUAGCAUCCCUUGCAAAAAUAGGCUUCCAUCUUUACCACAGACUGCCAGGCCUUAUGCCAGAAAGCUGCCUCCUCAUCAUCGUUGGGGCUCUGGUGGGUGCCAUCAUCUUUGGCACUGACCAUAAAUCUCCUCCCGUCAUGGAUUCAAGCAUCUACUUCCUGUAUCUCCUUCCACCCAUUGUCCUGGAGGGUGGUUACUUCAUGCCCACCCGGCCCUUCUUUGAGAACAUUGGCUCCAUUUUGUGGUGGGCAGGCCUGGGGGCCCUGAUCAAUGCUUUUGGCAUUGGCCUCUCCCUCUACCUCAUCUGCCAGAUCAAAGCCUUUGGCCUCAGUGAUGUCAACCUGCUUCAGAACCUGCUGUUUGGUAGCCUGAUCUCGGCUGUGGACCCUGUGGCCGUGCUGGCUGUGUUCGAGGAGGCGCGUGUGAAUGAGCCGCUCUACAUGAUGAUCUUCGGGGAGGCCCUUCUCAAUGACGGCAUUAGUGUGGUCUUAUACAAUAUAUUAAUUGCCUUCACAAAGAUGCAUAAAUUUGAAGACAUUGAGCCUGUCGACAUUUUGGCUGGAUGUGCCCGAUUCAUUAUUGUGGGGGUUGGGGGAGUCUUUUUUGGCGUCAUUUUUGGGUUCAUUUCUGCGUUUAUCACACGUUUCACUCAGAAUAUCUCUGCAAUCGAACCACUCAUCGUCUUCAUGUUCAGCUACCUGUCUUACUUAGCCGCCGAGACACUCUACCUCUCUGGCAUCCUGGCGAUCACGGCCUGCGCGGUAACAAUGAAGAAGUAUGUAGAGGAAAACGUGUCUCAGACGUCCUACACGACCAUCAAGUAUUUCAUGAAGAUGCUGAGCAGCGUCAGCGAGACCCUGAUCUUCAUCUUCAUGGGCGUGUCCACCGUUGGAAAGAACCACGAGUGGAACUGGGCCUUCAUCUGUUUCACCCUGGUCUUCUGCCAGAUCUGGAGAGCCAUUAGCGUAUUUGCUCUCUUCUACGUCAGUAACCAGUUUCGGACUUUCCCCUUCUCCAUCAAGGACCAGUGCAUAAUUUUCUACAGUGGUGUCCGCGGAGCUGGAAGUUUUUCACUUGCAUUUUUGCUGCCUCUGUCUCUUUUUCCUAGGAAGAAAAUGUUUGUCACUGCUACUCUUGUAGUUAUAUAUUUUACUGUAUUUAUUCAGGGAAUUACAAUUGGCCCACUGGUCAGGUACCUGGAUGUUAAAAAGACCAAUAAAAAAGAAUCCAUCAAUGAAGAGCUUCAUAUUCGUCUGAUGGAUCACCUGAAAGCUGGAAUUGAAGAUGUGUGUGGGCACUGGAGCCACUACCAAGUGAGAGACAAGUUUAAGAAGUUUGAUCACAGAUAUUUACGGAAAAUCCUAAUCCGAAAGAACCAGCCCAAAUCAAGCAUUGUCUCUUUGUACAAGAAGCUGGAAAUGAAGCAAGCUAUUGAGAUGGUAGAAACUGGGAUCCUCAGUACCGCAGCCUUUUCUGUACCGUGCCAGGCCCAGAGGAUACACAGAAUCAAAAGGCUUUCCCCUGAAGACGUGGAAUCCAUGAGGGACAUCCUGACACGCAAUAUGUACCAAGUUCGACAAAGGACCUUGUCCUACAACAAAUACAACCUCAAACCCCAAACGAGCGAGAAGCAGGCUAAAGAGAUUCUGAUCCGUCGCCAGAAUACCUUAAGGGAGAGCAUGAGGAAAGGCCACAGCCUGCCAUGGGGAAAGCCGGCUGGUACCAAACACAUUCGUUACCUCUCCUUUCCCUAUGGCCACCCUCAGCCGGCAGGAAGAGACACGAGGGUUGCUGAACUCACAGACAAUGACAGCAGCGAUUCAGAACUCCCAUCCAUCAUGUUCAAAGCACACUCUCGAGCAGGGAUACUUCAGGAAAGAUGGCUGACGCAAGAGAUAAUCCCAAUGAAGAGCUUACCCAGAGGAGGGAAACCAUCCCACUUCGGUUAUCAGAGAAACACCAGCCAAGAAGAGCAUGAUGGCAGGGGCAGAAGGGAGGCGCUACGGCCCAAACCGCUGUUCCACGCGGUAGAUGAGGAGUUUGAAUCUGGAGAGGAGAGUGGAGAGGAGACCUCAGCAAUCAGAUCCAGAUGGUCAGGGGAGCACAGACCCACUAGGCAACAUCACAGGUCCCACAGUCCUUUGCUCCAAAGAAAAUAGUUUCAUCAUCCACACAGUAGUCUCCAUGUAUUUCAAGAGUCCAUUUUCCUAUUGUUGUGGAAGAAGGAGUUUCAGAGUUACGAAGAGAGCUACUGAGUUUAUUUUUUGGAGCCUAUGAGCCAUACAUCUAUAAGAGGCACGGAGAUUUUUUUUGGAGAAAAACGUGGAACAAACUUGCAGGCUCUGCUGUAUUCUUAGCUGGUGUACUUUGUAGCUGAAGUCCCCAAGGGUGAUAAAUGUUAAUCAUCACAGGAAUUAUUACUAAAAUUCCUAAAAGUCUGUGAUCCAUGAACUGUAUUGUGAUACAAGUAUGAUUGGUCAGUAAUUCACCUUAACUGUAUGCCUGUGCAGCUUAUAAUCAAGUUAUAACUGGGAAAGGCCUGGGAAAUCAUCUGGCCCAACCCUCUGUGUUUACAAAUAAGGACCUAAGGACACCUUUCCCAAGGUCAUGUGGUGAGUUGCUGCUUUCACAAGCUGGUUGUCCUCCCUCCCAAGAGAAUGUAUUCAGUUUUGAUUUUGAUAUGCACUAUGCGAUAAUUAUUUUUCUGGGGAAAGGUAAAAUUUGCCAUAACAAUGCUAUAUUUAAUCAGUAGCAAUAAUAGACAGAUGUGAUAUGUAGUAGUGGAUUAAUUUGUGAACAAUGGGCUUGUAAUCUAUUUUAUAACUGGAAUAUUUAUUUUAAAAGCAAAAUAGCCAUAAACAGGAUGUAAUAGCAACGACACGAACAACAGGUAUUUAUUAAAUGUGCAUUUGUAGGCUGCGGUACUGUGCCCUAGAUUUUGAAACUCUUUCCCAGUUUAAUUUCCAUCAGGAAAUUAAAUCAUUCCCCCAGACUUGACCUUGAACCUCUCACACUCCAGCUCACUGACUUUGCUAGAUGACUUUAUCUUUCUUCCCUUCUUGCCCUCUCUUCCUCUUUUCUCUCUGGGGGCCACCUAUAGAUGAACACAUAUUUAUUAAGUGCUAUUUAUUGUGCCAAAUGGCUGAUCUAUAACAAUUAACCAUAAUAUCCUUUAUCAUUACUAUUUUUGACUUCUCUAGCCAUCCCCAACUGAUUCAAUCCCAUGCAUCUUUAAAGGUUGUUUUCCAAUGCACCUGGCUGCCUAGACCAGCUUUGAUCCCCUUAAUCAGAAGCAAUGAAGUGAUCCCCUUCCUCCUGGCUGUGCCCACACCACACUGGGUGUGUCACAGAACUUAUCUGGUAAUUACACUUAUACACGUGUGUGUAACUACCCAGGUCUGCAGGACAGGGAGGAUAGUUUGUCCAUUUUAAACUUUAUCCAUUCAUCAGUUGUGUUUCUUAUCUCUUGGCCUUAGCCUUUUGCAAGUUUUGUUUUUUGUUUUUUGCGUUUUUUUUUUUUUUUUUAGCUUUUAUCCAUUUUUUGUCUUAGUUGUUACAGUGCCUUGUUCAUGGUAGAUCAUCUAUAAAUGUUGGGGCAACAGUGCCCUUUUUUUACAGCUGAAAAGGAGGUCGGAGAAGAUAUGGUCAGACGUUCUUAUUUUCCAGGUUACAAAGAUGAGGUGUUGAGAAACUGGCUGGUGCCGCUUCAGGGGUUUAAAGGGUGUGGGCUUAUUCUCUAGUGUAAUCCAUGGACACCAUUGCCUGACAAAGGAUAUACGGCCUUCCCGGGACUUAUAGUUUGUGAAGGGCAUUUAACUGCCAGUGGUCACUGCUGUAGUGGUAGAAAUGCCAUUCAAAAGAGCCCACUUGUUUCUCCUCUUCUGAAUCUGAAAUAUAAGCCUGCUUCUAAGUUGUCUCAAUGUUUUAAAUUAUCUACUACCAGAUAGUAGUAAUCCGCCCAAAGGGACAGAAGUAUUUAUAAAACUCAGGGAUCUCUGGGUUUGGUUUUUUGUUUCUUGUUUUUGUUUUUCAUUUUUGUUUUCCCAUUAUUGCUUAAACAAACAAGCAGGCAAAGCAACGGAAAAACCUUAUGACCCAUGAGAGGGAGUCAUGGAGUCGUUAUCCUCACACUAUAGAUGAAGAUACAGUGACAGAACGGUGGCGUCAGAAAUCACCUUUACAAAGCCAUAUGCAAAGCCAAUUCCUGCGAGGUAGAGAACACUGUAUUCCUUGCUGGAUUCUCCAUAUAACAAAAGAAAUCCAAACUGUGAAGACCCCUUCCCAGAGCAGACAGCAAAGUCUAAGGAUUAGUGGAACUUAUCUGAUUCUUCCGUUUUUCUCUGAGAUGCUGGUGCCCUGUGGGAGAGGGAUGGUGGGGCUUAGUGAAUAGAAGGGAACUUGCCCUUUUAAUUGGUAGCAGCCAAAAUGAGUCAUUUGCCCCGAGGCCGUCUGUUCAUCUAGACAGUGUCUGGCCCUCGCUGCCUGAGUCUAGAAAUUGGCCCUGGAACGCCUUCCCGAAACGUAUGGUAGGUUGAGGGCCCUUGUGGUCCUGGUGGCUCUGGUAGCUUGGAGAGCUCAUGGUGGACAUGGCCUCUUUGCUUAGUCACCCAGGAUCGUUUCAAAAUGCAGUGUGAUCUGAUCUUCAUUUCCUGGCGACAGCCCACGCUGGGGUUUGGUUGAGCGUGUGAUAGGUGCCCCAAGAAUGCUCUUGGGUAUCAGUUUCACAUCAUGAGUUUUUCCAACAGGCACCAAGCCGUGCAGCAGAGAAAGUUCCCUCUGGAGUGCUGAGGGAGCUCUGCUGUUUACUCCCGACUCAGCUCGGGGAGAGGUUGGAGUCCCUCAAGGGGCUCUCCUGGGCCUGGCCGCUGGUCCACUGAGCCUCGCAGUUUGCCCUCUUAUCUUCAACCUCGGAGAAGCCAACACACAACCCACAGAAUCCUAGCUUCCCUCCAUAAGUUUUUUUUCUUUUUUUCUUUU